AUGCACUUUAGGGAUAUCAACACAAGGGGUUCAUCGCCGAAGCCUUUACCAUUCGGAAGAGACGGUUCGAGGAGCAGCGGCGCAUUGCAACAGCAGGGGAUUCGAAGGAAACGGUUCGAGGAGGCGGCCGAUCCCAACAGCGGCGGAUUCAGAAGAAACGGUUGGAAGAAACGGACAUCGCAGCAGCGGCGGGUUUGGGAAGAGGGAGUUCGAGGAGAAGCGGCUGAUCGAGGCAGCGGCGGACUUGGCGACAGCAGCGGUACUUUGCAACAGAAGCGGUACUUCGCGACAGCGGCGGCUUUGAAAGACUGUUGGUGA